AGAUUCCCAAAAUGGGAAACGCCAGCGAUAUCUGUGAACAGCGAUAGUAUGUCAAACGUCGUCGGAUUAACAUCUUCUCAAGAGAGUACGCGUGAAGGUGAGGGAGACGAACGACUGGAUUUGAUCGACGGAAUGGAUCUAACGGCUCCGAAUUUAACACUUCCGUCGGAGACUUUACUGAGAGCGGCCGUUUCUCUCAAGGACCAGGUUGUGGAGGUCACGUGGAAAGGUGGUGGUGGUUGUACGGACGGCGGUGCGAGUGUUGAUCCGACGGUGUACACAGGUCUGCUCGGUACUGCUUUCAUGUGCUUGCGGUCGUACGAAGCUACUGGCAGCCAGCAGGACCUGCUGUUGUGCGCCGAUAUCGUCGGAGCGUGUGCUUCCGUCGCGCGUGCUUCUACUUGGCAUGUGACAUUUCUGUGUGGUAGAGGAGGAGUUUAUGCUCUUGGUGCGGUGGUUGCUAAUUAUAUGAGGGACCAUCAAAGACGCCACCUUUUCUUGGAUCUCUUCCUCCAGGUAGCACAAGAAAAGGCCCUUCCAAUUGGUCCAGAGGAAGGCGGUUUUGGAAUGUCAUAUGAGCUGAUGUACGGGAGAGCUGGUUUUCUAUGGGCUGCUUUGUUCAUAAACAAGCACCUUGGAGAUGAGACAUUGCCUAUCGACCUUCUUAUGCCAGUAGUUGAUGCUGUGUUAGCUGGAGGCAGGGCUGGGGCGUCUGAUAACACUGCAUGCCCACUGAUGUACAGAUGGCAUGGAACUAGAUAUUUUGGUGCGGCCAAUGGCCUUGCUGGAAUCUUGCAUGUUCUACUUCACUUUCCUCUCUCUGAACAGGACAUGGAAGAUGUUAAGGGGACUUUAAGGUAUAUGAUGAGUAAGAGGUUCCCACAUAGUGGAAAUUACCCCUCAAGCGAGGGAAACGCAAGGGACAAAUUGGUCCAGUGGUCUCAUGGUGCGACUGGAAUGGCCAUCACCCUUUGCAAGGCAUCCCAGGUGUUUCCAUAUGAUAGAGAAUUUCGUGACGCUGCUAUAGAAGCAGGGGAAGUUGUAUGGAAGAGUGGGCUGGUGAAGAAGAUAGGCCUUGCUGAUGGCAUGGCUGGUAAUGCCUACGCCUUCCUUUCCCUCUAUCGUCUUACGGGAGACAACAUAUACAAAGAUAGAGCAAGUGCAUUUGCAAGCUUCCUUUGCCAUAAUGCGAGACAGCUCGUAACCAUGACACAUGGACGAGGAGAUGAACAUGCCUACUCUCUUUCCCAAGGUCUUUCUGGAACAGCAUGCCUCUUGUUUGAUAUGCUGGCACCUGAAAAGUCCCGGUUCCCAGGUUAUGAACUUUAGUGUGAAACUGUUAGCUGAAAGCUUACCUUUCAAGCGUGAAAACCUUCAUCUAAAAUGUAUAUAUGAAUGUGGCUUAAUGCCCUAAUAUAAGUUUGAAAUGAGCAUGUCUAUAUCUUGGGCAGUCUGUUAAAGUUUACAGGUUGCUUGAUGAAUUACUA